AUGGGUCUCAUUAAAACUGGUAUUACUUUGGCUGGCACUUUUGGUCUUAUCAAGGCAGCAGAAAAAGCAGUAAACAAUUAUGAGGACAAGAAGAAACAACGUACCAGCCAGUCCCAGCCUCCUUGUGACCUUAGGCCCCAAACAAACUAUAGGCCCAAUCUCAGUGAUCUCCCUAACGGCUGUUACCAACACAAGUCAUUUGAAAUGCCAGCCAACGAACACACCCACACAAGUCAAGCCCAAUUCAAUCAAUUACAAUCUCCACCGGGAUACUAUCAAUCGCAAAUGCCUAAUGAAUAUCAACCACAAGUCAACUACGCGCCCAACAUGAACUCCCCUCCACCAUACUAA